AGUUCCGGUUCCACUUCGCGGCAUCAUCGGCAGCACUUUCGUGACAACAACGACGACGGCGGGAAGUUGUUAUCGUCGAUUCGCCACCCAUUUUGCACCGAUAACACAUCAAACUGGGAACAAUCAGGAUUCGACGGAAGCAACACAGAUGGAUUUGUAGCUGGAAGGAGGCCAACCGUACUUGAAAAGCUCGGCGUCGCGGGAUUUAGCCACCAUGGCUAACCUCGGAAACCAGGCCGUGAGCAAGCCUGCGUCCGGAAAACAUGGCAACGUACUGCCCCUGUGGGGCAACGAGAAGACUAUGAACCUCAACCCAAUGAUUCUGACCAAUGUUUUGUCCUCUCCCUAUUUCAAAGUUCAACUGUAUGAGCUUAAGACGUACCACGAAGUGGUGGACGAAAUCUAUUUCAAGGUGACUCACGUUGAGCCAUGGGAGAAAGGAAGCAGAAAGACUGCAGGUCAGACUGGAAUGUGCGGAGGGGUACGUGGAGUUGGUACCGGAGGCAUUGUGUCAACAGCCUUCUGUCUACUAUAUAAACUGUUUACACUCAAGCUGACACGCAAACAACUGAUGGGCCUCAUCACGCACACGGACUCGCCCUACAUCCGAGCACUUGGCUUCAUGUACAUACGAUACACACAGCCCCCGGCCGAUUUAAUAGACUGGUAUGACGGCUUCAUGGAUGAUGAGGAGGAGCUGGACGUGAAGGCGGGCGGAGGCUGUGUGAUGACCGUCGGUGAGAUGCUGCGCUCCUUCCUCACCAAGUUGGAGUGGUUCUCCACUCUGUUCCCCCGCAUCCCCGUGCCUGUGCAGAAGAGCAUCGACCAGCAGAUGAAGAGCAGGCCUCGGAAGGUACCUCAGAAGGAGCCGCAGGAGGAAGAGGAGGCCUAUGAAGAACAGGGGCGACAAGGGGAACGCCGUCGCUCCAGUCUUCCCAGGAGCCCCAGGCGGACGCCGAGCCCCAGACGCUCUCCGAAGCGGUCGAGAAGCCAGAGUCACCACCGCGACCGAGACCGCCACGGCCCCAGCUACGACCGCGAGCUGGAGAGGGAGCGGGAACGUCAAAGGAAGGAGAGGGACGCCAGGGAACGCGAUAGGGACCGGGCGGACAGGGAAAGGAGACGAUCCCGCAGCGCCGAACGAAACCACCAAGACCGGCGCGAGCGCCGAAGAAGCCGCAGCGGCAGCCGGGACAAAAGGAGCGAGCGCAAAGACAAGGAACGAGACGGAGGUGAUGACAGGAACAAGCGGAAGGAGCGGGACCACUACAGAGAGCGGCCCAUGGAAAGGGACAGGUCCCGGGAGGAGAAGAAGAGCAAAGGGGAAAGCGACGACAGGAGGCACAAAGAUGACAGGGAGAGGCACAGAGACGAGCGCAAGACCAAGAAGUCGAGCCGGAGUCGGAGCCGAGAGAGGCGACACAAGAGUGGUGGCGGUGACGAGAAGAGCAGGAAGCGGGAGGGCAGCCACACCAGGGAGAAGGAACGAGACGGGGAACAGCGCUCGCACAAACGCAGUGGCAGCAGAGAGAGGAGCCAUCACCAGAGAGAGGCCAGCAACGACCACAGCAAACACGGCGACCGACGAAGGAGUCCCAGCGUUGAGUAAAUGUCACCUAAUGUUUUUUUUUUUUUUUUUUAUCCACUUCUCUCACAGACCAAAUGUCACCUGGAAUCGUCUUUACUUCUUUUUUUUUGCCUUUUUCACAUCCUAGUAGGGCAUCGUUAGUCUUCACUUGACAUUGGAAAAGUGGCAUUUUAAUUUUGUAUGGUUCGUUGUUUUGGCCCCUGGAAAAUAUGAUUUUUGUAUAUAUCUAAUGUUUCAGAGACUUGUCUACACAUCAGUGGCAGGAUUUGCCUUCAUUCAUGUGGGAACAGUCAGGCUUAGCAAAAUGCUACCAUGUUUAGCCGCAUAGCUUGAUUUAAAAAAAUAAAAA